AUGGCUUUGGCAGGAACCGAAGUCCCCUGGACCCCCAGCCAACCCAGGCCUUGGGCUCAUGCUGCAGGGAGGCGCCCCCCACAACCAGCGCCGGGAGUCCUUCCUUUACCGCUCGGACAGCGACUAUGACCUCUCGCCCAAGACCAUGUCCCGCAAUUCUUCUGUUGCCAGCGACAUGCAUGGAGAAGACCUGAUUGUCACCCCGUUUGCUCAGGUCCUGGCCAGCCUACAGACGGUCCGCAGCAACUUUGCCCUUUUGACCCACCUGCAGGAGCGCAUCACUGGCAAACGAGCGUCCAGCAAUGCCAUCCCCCUGCCCACGUGCAAAAGCAGCCUCUCAGAGGAGGCCUCCCAGAAGUUGGCGAUGGAGACUCUGGAAGAGCUGGACUGGUGCUUGGACCAGCUGGAGACCCUGCAAACCAGGCACUCGGUGGGCGAGAUGGCCUCCAACAAGUUCAAGAGGAUGCUCAACCGGGAGUUGACACACCUGUCGGAAACGAGCCGUUCUGGGAAUCAGGUGUCCGAGUACAUCAGCAAUACUUUUCUGGACAAGCAGCAUGAGGUGGAGAUUCCCAGCCCGGUUUCCAGGGAGAAGGGCAAAGAGGAAGCCAAGCCCCCAAUGUCGCAGAUCAGCGGGGUGAAGAAACCGGUGCACAGGGCCAGUUUAUACUGCGCUGCCAUCCCACGCUUUGGGGUCAAGACGGACCAGGAGGGGCGCCUGGCCAAGGAACUAGAAGCGGUGAACAAGUGGGGUCUUGACGUGUUCAAGGUUUCCAAGUACUCCGGCCACCGGCCACUCACGGUUGUGAUGUACAGUAUCUUCCAGGAAAGGGACCUGCUGAAAACAUUCCACAUCCCCGCGGACACCUUCAUCACUUUCCUGAUGACCCUGGAGGACCACUACCAACUGGACGUGGCCUAUCACAACAACAUCCACGCUGCUGAUGUGGCCCAGUCCACCCACGUGUUGCUCUCCAUGCCAGCUUUGGAGGCUGUCUUCACUGAUCUGGAGAUCUUGGCGGCCAUCUUUGCAGCUGCCAUCCAUGAUGUGGACCACCCAGGCGUCUCUAACCAGUUUCUGAUCAACACCAACUCGGAACUGGCUCUGAUGUACAAUGACUCCUCAGUGCUAGAGAACCACCACUUGGCUGUGGGCUUCAAACUCCUGCAAGAGGAGAACUGCGAUAUCUUCCAGAACCUCUCGAAGAAAGAGCGGCAGAUGCUCCGGAAGAUGGCGAUCGACAUGGUCCUGGCAACAGACAUGUCCAAGCACAUGAACCUCCUAGCCGAUCUGAAGACUAUGGUGGAGACCAAGAAAGUGACCAGUCUAGGAGUCUUGCUUUUGGACAAUUACUCAGACCGCAUUCAGGUCCUGCAGAACAUAGUCCACUGUGCAGAUCUCAGCAACCCCACAAAGCCCCUGGAGCUGUACCGCCAGUGGACGGACCGCAUCAUGGUGGAGUUCUUCCACCAGGGAGACCGAGAGCGAGAGAAGGGCAUGGAGAUUAGCCCCAUGUGUGACAAGCACAAUGCCUCCAUUGAGAAGUCCCAGGUGGGAUUCAUCGACUACAUUGCACAUCCGCUUUGGGAAACCUGGGCCGACUUGGUGCAUCCAGACGCCCAGGAGAUUCUGGACACGCUGGAAGAUAACCGGGAGUGGUACCAGAGCAUGAUUCCCCGCAGCCCCUCACCACCCCCCGAUGUGCUGGGGACUGAGCAAGGCGGCGGAGGUCCCGACAAGUUCCACUUCGAGCUGACCCUGCAGGAGGAGGAAGGAGAGGAGUCGGACCCCGAGCAGGAGACGGAGAGCCCCCCGGAAGAGGAGGACAGCGAAUCCAAGAUCCUGGGCCCCACCGAAGGCUCUGAAUCGGCCAGCGAACAGCCGUCCUCCCCCAGGGACCCCCCGAGCAAGUACGAGGAGGCCUUGUUUGUGGACAACCAAAGGACACCCUCCAGAGGCAGGGAGGGCUUGACAGCAGCCCUCAGUGGACUCCCAAGGAGAGGGAGCGGAAAGGCAGUGGAGCCGUGCCUGGACGCGGAAGGGAACAUCACCUUUUUACCCCUUGGGACGUAGGGAGUGCAGACAUCCCUCUGGCUCCAUGCUGGUGGACCUCCAUUGCGAGGGAUUGGGACUGUGGAUCCCACUUCCUUCGACAAAAGGUGUUGACAGAAUGCCGAGUUUGAACGGUGGGAGAGCAGAGAAGGGGCCGUGGGCCAGGCUGUGCCCCCGCAUGCGACGUCUUCCUCCCAACGCUCGUGGCAACUGGCUUGGGCCAAAGCCCAGCUCAGCAGAGAGACUCUCUCUUCUUCCACCCUGUCCGCUUCACUGCAUUACCCCACCUGUUUUCGGAGUCUCCGGGGGACGAGAGCUCUCUGCCAUCUUUGCGGAGGGGUAGAUGUAGUUGCCUUGAGGUAGCAAAACCAGUGGCCCAACAAAAAGUUCAUUCUAGAA